CUGCUCUGGCUGAGCCUAGGGCGGGCGGGGGACCGGUAUAAAGCAGCAGCAGGCGCCUGUGCCUGCUCCACCUCGUGCGCACUGCCUGCCUGAGUCUGUUCUGCCCCCUCCCCACCACUUGGCCACCACCAUGACACCGGACAUCCAGGCCCCUUUCUUCUUCCUGCUGCUGCUAUUCCAAGUGCUUACAGUCUCUGGUAUAACCAGCAGCACUACACAGGCUUUGAGUGACCAAAGCCCUGCCUCAGGCUCGGCUGCCCCUCCAGACCACGGUGGCACCUCACCCCGGGCCACCAGUGGCGCCUCAUCUCCGAGCACCAGCCCUGCCUCAGGCUCGGCUGCCCCUCCGGUCCACGGUGGCACCUCACCCGCCAGGCCCAGUGGCGCCUCAUCUCCGAGCACCAGCCCUGCCUCAGGCUCGGCUGCCCCUCCGGUCCACGGUGACACCUCACCCGCCAGGCCCAGUGGCACCUCAUCUCCGACCACCAGCCCUGCCUCAGGCUCGGCUGCCCCUCCGGUCCACGGUGGCACCUCACCCCGGGCCACCAGUGGCGCCUCAUCUCCAACCACCAGCCCUGCCUCAGGCUCGGCUGCCCCUCCGGUCCACGGUGGCACCUCAACCCGGGCCACCAGUGGCGCCUCAUCUCCGACCACCAGCCCUGCCUCAGGCUCGGCUGCCCCACCGGUCCACGGUGGCACCUCACCCGCCAGGCCCAGUGGCGCCUCAUCUCUGACCACCAGCCCUGCCUCAGGCUCGGCUGCCCCUCCGGUCCACGGUGGCACCUCACCCGCCAGGCCCAGUGGCGCCUCAUCUCUGAGCACCAGCCCUGCCUCAGGCUCGGCUGCCCCUCCGGUCCACGGUGGCACCUCACCCGCCAGGCCCAGUGGCGCCUCAUCUCUGACCACCAGCCCUGCCUCAGGCUCGGCUGCCCCUCCGGUCCACGGUGGCACCUCACCCGCCAGGCCCAGUGGCGCCUCAUCUCUGACCACCAGCCCUGCCUCAGGCUCGGCUGCCCCUCCGGUCCACGGUGGUACCUCACCCCAGGCCACCAGUGGCGCCUCAUCUCCGACCACCAGCCCUGCCUCAGGCUCGGCUGCCCCUCCGGUCCACGGUGGCACCUCACCCGCCAGGCCCAGUGGCGCCUCAUCUCUGACCACCAGCCCUGCCUCAGGCUCGGCUGCCCCUCCGGUCCACGGGGGCACCUCACCCGCCAGGCCCAGUGGCGCCUCAUCUCCGACCACCAGCCCUGCCUCAGGCUCGGCUGCCCCUCCGGUCCACGGUGGUACCUCACCCCGGGCCACCAGUGGCGCCUCAUCUCCGACCACCAGCCCUGCCUCAGGCUCGGCUGCCCCACCGGUCCACGGUGGCACCUCACCCGCCAGGCCCAGUGGCGCCUCAUCUCUGACCACCAGCCCUGCCUCAGGCUCGGCUGCCCCUCCGGUCCACGGUGGUACCUCACCCCGGGCCACCAGUGGCGCCUCAUCUCCGACCACCAGCCCUGCCUCAGGCUCGGCUGCCCCACCGGUCCACGGUGGCACCUCACCCGCCAGGCCCAGUGGCGCCUCAUCUCUGACCACCAGCCCUGCCUCAGGCUCGGCUGCCCCUCCGGUCCAUGGUGGCACCUCACCCGCCAGGCCCAGUGGCGCCUCAUCUCUGAGCACCAGCCCUGCCUCAGGCUCAGCUGCCCCUCCGGUCCACGGUGGCACCUCACCCCGGGCCACCAGUGGCGCCUCAUCUCCGAGCGCCAGUCCUGCCUCAGGCUCGGCUGCCCCUCCGGUCCACGGUGGCACCUCACCCCGGGCCAACAGUGGCGCCUCAUCUCCGAGCACCAGCCACAUUACCAGGACAAUUGCCAGCAGCAGUAACCAGAGCAUAGUACCUCCGACCUCCGCCAGUCAUAAGACUUCUCAGCAGUUGCCUAUUAGGGUCUCCCUGUUCUUCCUGUCUUUUCACAUUACGAACCUCCAGUUUAACUCUUCCCUGGAAAAUCCCAGCACCAGCUACUACCAGAAGCUGCAGAGAAGCAUUUCUAUAUUGUUUGUGCAGACUUAUAAACAAGAGGAUUUUCUGGGCCUCUUAGAUAUCAAGUUCAGGCCAGGAUCUGUGGUGGUAGAAUUAACUUUGGCCUUCCGAGAGGGUACCACUGCCCACAACUUGGAGAGACAGCUUGGUCAGCUUGAAGCAGCAGCAGUCAAAUAUAACCUGACCAUCAGUGGAGUUAGUGUGCGUGAUGCAUCAUUUCCUUCCUCUGCCCAGUCUGGAUCUGGGGUGCCUGGCUGGGGCAUUGCCCUGCUCGUACUGGUCUGUGUUCUGGUUGCCCUGGCCAUCAUUUAUCUCAUUGCCCUGGUUGUGUGUCAGUGCAGACAAAAGAACUAUGGGCAGCUGGACCUCUUUCCAACCCGAGAUGCCUACCAUCCUAUGAGCACGUACCCCACCUACCACACCCAUGGGCGCUAUGUGCCCCCUGGCAGUACCAAACGGAGCCCCUUUGAGGAGGUUUCUGCAGGCAAUGGUGGCAGCACUCUCUCUUACGCGAACCUGGCAGCCACUUCCGCCAACCUGUAGGGGCACGUUGCCUGCUGAGCAGCCAGCGCCGACUGCCUCCCUGGGUUUCUUCACUGCUGCAGCCCUGCCCCCCUUGCCCCCAGCUCUGUUCUGGGCUGGUGAGCUGGGCAUUCAGGUGGGCUGCCCACAGUCUCCCUCACAGGCCCCACCAAGUCCCCUAAUCCAUCUUAGCCCUGGCGAAGCCCAUCCGAGCCCCUGGGGACAAGCCUGAGGCAGUGGCUCCCAGGAGGACUGGCCGGGACAGCUCGGAGAUGGGAGUGGGAACCUGAACAUGGCUGAAUAAAACUCGGGCCUCCUCUUCGCUGACCGCCAA